CCCCCCGUGUGGUCUGAGGCCGGCGCGUGGCUGCUGGGGCGCUUUGCUGGCCGCCUCCCCGCUGCCGAUGGCCGAGGGUCCUCGCGGGCUUCCCCUGCGGUCUCCAGGCUCUGUCGCCGAGGGGCUCCGGCCCGGCAGACUGCCCGGGGGGAUGGACGGGCGCUGCUGAUCCAGGGUGCGCAGCAGCAGCGCAGGCUCCCCCGCCGCGCUCCUCCAACCCGGAGCAGGAGAAGCCCAGCCCAGCUGUCGCGUCGGGGCUUCAGGCUGAGCCCGCGGUGUGCCUGAGGCUGCUGCACCGGGAGCCCUUUGUGCUAGUGGGCUGAGCCAUAAGGCGCUGGCCCCCAGUGCUGCCAGGCUCCACGGCCCCUUUGAGUUCCCCGCGCGCCCCAUUUCCACUCCACUCCCCUCCACCUGGGGGCUGUGCGAUACUCUCCACUGGCGCUUCCCCCGUCGUUUUAGUACUGAAACAGGCAGCAGCUCUCCUACAAUGCGCUGGAGUUGGACAUUUGGUCUCUAUGCAGCUUGGACUCCACAGGGAGAUAGAUUUAAAAUGUUAAGAUAUAUGGGUUCCAGGUAUCUCCUCACGUGCCAUAUUUGCGCUGUGAGAGGUCUGGUUUUCUGUGCGCAUUCUGGCAGUAUGAAGUCAAAUAUUUUCAAUAAUACAAUACAGCAAAGUCUGUCACAGACCCGUUAUUAGAAGGAGGAAAGGAGACUCAUCCGUAUGCAUCGAGUUUACUAUCCCCCGGAUGUGGUUGAAUAUGUAUAAAGCCAUGAAUAAAACCUUAUUUGAAAAUGCGUGUGAUUUUGCUUAGUGACUGGGAAAUAUUUUGCCUUUGGGACUGCGGCAUUGAUACAAUGUACACGGACAAUUAACACAUUCAGCGCUGACUACCCAAGGCAAUUUGCAUAACUGAAAACUGCCCCCUUUUGUUUGACUUUAUUCCAGCGAUGGCUCUGAUCGGAGAAGAGGACUACACCUAUAUUUACAACGAUCUUUCUCACCCUGUGGAUUUCCUGCAGGCUUUCAGAACAUUUUACCGGGAUGGCUUAUUUACUGACAUUACUCUUCAGUGUGCUUCUGGUGUGAUCUUCCUUUGCCACAAAGCUGUUUUAGCUGCUUGUAGCAAUUAUUUUAAGGCAAUGUUCACAGCUGACAUGAAAGAAAAAUCUAAAAAUCAGAUCAAACUUCCUGGGGUCAGCCACACUAUAUUGGAGUCUCUUGUGAAUUAUGCAUACACAUCACAAAUCCAAAUAACAGAGAGAAAUGUUCAAAGUCUCCUCCAAGCUGCGGAUUUACUCCAGUUUGUGUCAAUAAAGAAAGCCUGUGAGCAGUUUCUGGUAAGGCAUGUAGAUACCGUCAACUGCAUAGGGAUGCACUCCUUCGCAGAGUAUCACCUUUGUUCAGAGCUAGAGAAAGAAUCUAGGAGGAUAUUGUUAUCAAGAUUUGAAGAAGUGUGGAGGCAAGAAGAAUUUCUGGAUAUCAGCUGUGAGAAACUCCUGUUUAUUCUCUCCAGAGAGAAUCUCAAUGUUUGGAAAGAAGAGGCAGCCAUUGAACCUGUAGUUAAAUGGAUAGCAUAUGAUGUGGAGAAAAGAAUUGAAUGCGUUUUUGAUCUGCUGAACUGCCUCAAAAUAGAUUUAAAUGAAAUAUAUUUAAGAUCAGCCUUAAGCUUACGAAAGAAACACCAGCUUAAUGAAAACAAGAUAAGGUCUCUGAUAUACAAUGCAUUAAACACCAACCCUAAAGACAUUUCCAAAAGGCCCACAGCAGCUAUGUAUGUGAUUGGAGGAUAUUACUGGCAUCCUUUAUCAGAAGUCCAUGUGUGGGAUCCUUUAACUAAUGCUUGGAUACAGGGAACAGACAUGCCUGAUCACACAAGGGAGAGCUAUGGGGUCACUAGUUUGGGACCCAACAUUUAUGUAACCGGGGGCUAUAGAACUGACAACAUAGAAGCCCUUGAUAUUGUGUGGAUAUAUAACAGUGAAACUGACCAAUGGACAGAAGGCUGCCCCAUGCUUAAUGCAAGGUACUAUCACUGUGCAGUUACCUUGGGCGGCUGUGUCUAUGCUUUGGGGGGCUACAGAAAAGGGGCUCCAGCACAAGAAGCAGAAUUCUAUGAUCCUUUAAAAAAGAAAUGGGUUCCCAUUGCAAACAUGAUCAAAGGUGUUGGAAAUGCCACAGCCUGUGUCCUGUGUGAAGUCAUCUAUGUAAUUGGAGGCCACUAUGGUUACAGGGGAAGCUGCACCUAUGACAAAAUUCAGAGCUACCAUUCAGGUAGCAAUGAAUGGAGAAUAGUCACUACAAGUCCACAUCCAGAAUAUGGAUUGUGUUCCAUUGCCUUACAAAACAAGCUCUAUCUUGUGGGUGGACAAACUGCAAUCGCUGACUGCUAUGACCCAGAACAAAAUGAAUGGAGGCAGAUGGCACAUACGAUGGAAAGAAGGAUGGAAUGUGGUGCAGUUGUCAUGAAUGGAUGCAUCUAUGUAACAGGAGGAUAUUCCUAUUCAAAAGGAACAUAUCUGCAGAGUAUUGAGAAAUAUGAUCCUGAGCUUAAUAAAUGGGAAGUAGUCGGCAAUCUUCCCAGUGCUAUGCGUUCACAUGGUUGUGUCUGUGUGUACAAUGUCUAACACAAUCUGAAUAUCAUAUGUCUGUUGCAAGAGAUAAGCAAGUACAGUAUCUGUACCAGUACAGAUUACCUGUUCAGCAAUGUAUUUAAUACAACCCAUUACUCACAUUUAAUAUAAAUCUAUAUACAAACCAGUAUUUAUUAAAAUUCACUUCAUAUAAUAUAAAUGCUGUGACAAUACUUUUGUAUAAUUUCAUUUUCAAAAUAAAUUCACCAGUUAUUAUUUGUCAUAAAGGUUUACAAAUCAUCUUUACAAAAUAUACUUCCUGUGGACAUAUAAGGAGUAAUGUAAAAAGAGUAAUUUGUAUUAAUUAACCAUUGGAGGGAACCAUGCUCAAGGUUUUUGUCACAUUGCUAAGAGGACUAAAAACCAAAAGAUUUUGCACUUCUAUGGACUUCUUGGUUUUCAAGUGAAAUGUUUAAUAAUUUGAAUGUGGCUAUUAACACUUAUUGUUUAGUGACUGUCACAAGCUGAUUGACUUGUUAGGAUAUUUUGCUAGUCCGCUUUCCAGUCCCCAUACAAAACAUAGAUAGAAGGUGUUUG